GAUUAUAAAUGAUAAAUAUCAAGUGAAAUCCCAUUAACAACUAACAAAUAAUAAACUGAGCAGCAGCCUGUUCAGUUAGUUCAGUUUGUAGACUUGCUCCUUACCGCCUCCCUGAGGAGGUUCUAAUAAAUAGCCAAGGAAAUUCAUGAAGUGUCCUUCAGUGCGCUCACUGCUUCUCCACUGUGCCACGGUCAUCCCUCUCUGAGACUGUCUCCAGCCUCUUUAGUUUGUUCUAUUUUUCAUUGAAGCCUACCAUGAGUGAGAUAUUUUUUCUUUACAUCCAUGGAGCGUUGGCAAAAUCAAAUAAAAGUGCACCCUGCCUUUGUUCGGAAAUCUUUUUAAAUAUUAACAAGUUGUCAUGUCAUCUCUGACUGGAAGAGGAGGGAGAUUUACUGCCUCGGACAGAGGAGCUCACUGGAGCUCAGAAGUGCAGCAUCACUCUGAGCCCGUCGGCUUUUCUGCAAGUGUUAAAGAGAAAGACUGCCAGCCCAAGGAGCGCCCUACUCCUGAGGGUGCCGGAGGCUCCAGGGGCGACCCACAUCGGAAUAUGUGCCAGAGAGCAGACGCUGUCCCCUCCUAUAGGUCCCUCCCUGGAUCCGUCGGAGACCGCAUCAGGAGUACUAUGUCUUUUGCCAGUGGGACCAUAUGUAGAGGCUCUAUGUCAGCGAGUCCAGGCUUUGGGAGGUCUGAUAGGAAAGUUGCGUGUUGUGAGAAGUGCUCAGCGACCCUUGUUGCUCUGAAGAAACAAGCUCUGAGCCUGGCUGUUCACCAUCACUUCUCCUGCAAGGACUCAAGUGACCUGUCAGCAUUUCUCAAUGACAACCUUCGUGUCCAUAGUCGGUCCACCACUGAAUCCAGGGACAGAGAGAGGGAGCAGGGCCAGUGUGCAGCCUGUGGUACAAACCUGAACCAGCUCAAACGAGAAGCCAUCCACCUGGCUCUGAGCAGGGGUCAGUCAUUAGCUAAGCCUCCCUUUGAACCCAGCCUCAGCGCUGGCACACUGCUGGGACAAAGCGAGACAAAGCAUGGGGACGGGGCUUCAAGGGAAGCUGCCAUGGCUGCCCAUCAACCAUACAGUCGAAGCCACAGUCCUCACAGCGCGCCACAGAGCCCCAGGACACCUCAGAGGACGCCUCAGAGGACCCCUCAAACUCUCAGACGGAGGGGGCCCAAGCCCCACCACGAUACGGACCGUUGGGUGGAGGAGCAGAAGCAGCUGGUCGCUUCUAAAUCUGUGUCCAAUGCUGAUGGUGUCACCAUCUACCCUUACCAUCAGACUUCAGAUGAUGCAACACUGGGCUGUGGUGGUGACGGGACUGUACAGACAAGCUCAAAGAUCCCUCAUAUCUCCAGAGUGGUGACCAUCGCCAACACUGCUGCUAUGUCCUUUUUGGCCAGGGCAGCCGAGAAGCUCAACCUGACAUCGAGGAAAAAAGGCCAGGCGUCUGAUCCAGCUCCUGCUCAUCUCUCCACCUGCUUCAGGGAGAUCAUCCAGAAAAACCCGCCGCCUGUCCCCUCCUGCCUGCUCCAAGCUGCCACCAGAACCAAAGACUCACCCAAUGUUGGCAAGGUCAAAGUGGUGCUGAGGGUAAGCCCAACACUGUCAGGGAGCCAAGGCCAACCACCUGUUCUCCAGAUUGACCCAUCCAAGAAAAGAGUAAUCGUAAUGGAACCAGUCAGCAGAAGCCACCCAUCCACCACAAUGCUACUAGGCAGAGAUGGCAGAAACCUUCUAAAGACGUUCAACUUCGAUGCUGCCUAUCCUCAAGAGUCAAGCCAGGCUGAGGUGGGCGCAGGCGUCUUGGCUGAUGUCAUCCGCUGUGUGCUCAGUGGCAGCGAUGGAUGUGUGCUGGGUUUGGGAUGUGCUGAUGUGGGCUCCUGGUCCAGUAUGGUGGGGAGUGAGGAGGGCAUCCAGAAGCUCGGGCUGAUUCCCUGUGCCAUCUCCUGGCUGUACAGUGCCAUCGAGCGGCGGAGAGAGAAAACCUGGACUGAUCUUACUGUAUCAGUGUCUGCUAUUGAGCUCUGCUGUGGAGAGGAGGACACACUGAGAGAUCUACUGGGGGAGGUGGUCCCCUCAUCAGGCAGUAUCCAGGACAGCCCGAGAGCCCGUGUUAGACUCCAAGAGGAUCCUGUCUACGGGAUACAGCUACGUAACCACAACCGGGUGAAGGCCCCCACAGCUGAGCGUGCUGCCUCCCUCCUGGAUGCAGCCAUUGCAGCACGUCGGCACAGUGACUUUGUUACAUACUUAUCCCACAGCUCCAUAAUGUUCUUCACUCUCCACGUUCAGCCUCCUCGUACAGAAAGCAGCACCAUUGGCAAAGGUUCACGUGGCCCCACUAAGUUGACCAUGAUAGAUGUGUGUAGCGGUAUGAUGGGUAAAACCAAAAAUAAACCUCCUCAUUCUGAACUGGGCCCUGUGGUCUUGUCUCUACUAAGUGGACAUAAAACAACCCCCAACAAGGGUAGUAAGCUGACUAUGCUUCUUCGAGAAUCCUUGGGUCAUAUAAAUUGCCACAUCGCAGUGGUUGCUGAAGUUGCUGAUUCACUGGCACACCUUCAAGAGACCUUAUCCACCAUCCAGCUAGCUUCUCGCAUACGCAGGACACAGAAAAGGACAAAGCAAUCCACCUCAUGCUCUCCGUGUGGGAGGAGUUUAACCAGAGAAAAGAAAGGGCCUCAGUCUUUGUCCCUGCGGGCGUUCCACUCCACAGAUGAAGUAGAUGUCAACACCAAUCCUUUCCGUCUUCGUGGUGAACUAGAUGAGCACUCCAGUAGUGACCAGUCCUGUGACACAGUUAUCCAAAUAGACUCAGAUGGCUUCAUCCAGUCUAAGGCAGUCCCAAGGCUGACACAACCCGAAUUUGUGCCCAUCAUACCUUCUUUGCAUCCAAACAAGGCUGACUUGGAUGACCCAGAGUUUACUGCUCUCCUCCAAGAGCUUCUGAGAAUUCCUCAGCUGCAAGGAGAGAAGAAGAAUGAAGAAACUGUCCACGGGCAUACUGAAAUGCUGAAAGCAGACAUGAAGCCACCAGAAAGAGACUGUCUUAAAUGUGAAACAUUUGCUGAACUUCAAGAGCGUUUGGGCUGUAUUGAUGGAAGUGAGAUAACAAUGGAUAUGCUCAAGUCUUCCUUAAAAGGCCCUCCUGUUAGCAAUGUCACAACCAAAUCACAAACCCAGAAAGAAGCAGGGAAGCAGACAGACACCAAAUCAUCAGAAGCACCACACACUUUAUUAAAUAAGGGGUUAGGCUGCAAUCAGGCCUCUGCUGGAGAAAAGCAGAUGGAUGGUGCCUUCCCUGAAGAGAGUUUUCAGAGAGAGGAUUCAGGUCUGUAUGACUGUGAGGAAUGCAGUGCAACAAGUUCCAGUGAGGAACUCCUGAAUCAAACUCUCAGUCUGAACAUGACCUGUCGCACAGAGAUUCCAAACAAUGGAACUCUGAAGUCAGGAGAUAAGUGCCCUCUUCAGGACUUUGAUGUGGAUGCUCAGGGCACUGCAGUCACCAGUUCCCUUGCACUUCAGCCUUCAGGAAAACAGGAGAGUCCUGAAGCUGCUGACUGGUUCAAACCAGACAAAAGGACCUCACCAGUUGGCAAGAGCUCCCCUAUAUCUCCUUCCUCCUCCUGCUCCUCCUCAUACUCCCCAGCUACAAGUGUUAUACAUGGGGAUGUCUUACCUAGUCACUCCACAGAGGACAUAAAGGAAAUGAAGGCCACCAUCACAGUGACUGUACAACAGCCAUUGGACCUAAAAGGUCAAGAUGAACUUGUUUUCUCUAUGGUAGAGGAGGUGACCAUCAGUGGAGCAUUGAAUAGAGCGAGGACAGGUGGAAACAUUAUUUGUAUCAGAGACUCUGCCCAAUCACAGGCAAAUGCUCAAGGCUCUGCCAGCACUCAACCAAUCAGGAUAAUCAGCAAUGUCAGCGAAGAAUCUGCAGUUGCAGGUUCUUCUAAUAAAACCAGAAGUUCUGUUGUUCAGCCUGUAGCCACAGAGGAUAGUACUGAAAAGCCUCAGUAUCGAUUCAGAAGGGAAAAAGGGUUCUUACCUUCAUUUAUUAAUCCCAUGCUGAUUAAUACAGAUGUGGAUUGCGAUUUGGAUAGUGGCAAAGAAAAAGACAUUUCUCAUGACACUUUUACAGAAGUCAAGUCAGGGGCUGAGCUCAAAGUAAAUAAUGCCAAAUUUCCAGAAGAUAGAAAGACUCUUGAGAAGAAGAGUGGACCUUUUGUCUCUGAGACACCUGUCAAAGUAUCUGACAAGGAAUGUGACUCCUCUUUUAGCCAAAUUUCUUAUGACCCAAUGGUCUUGGAAGAUUCAGCUUUCUGCAAUGAAACUACUGAGAACAAAAUGCGUGGAAAGGGACUACGAAAUAGAGACAAGGGACACCCUAGAGACAGGGAACAUGUUUAUUCCACUAACACUCAAAGGGGCUCAGAGGGGAGAGAAAUCACCUGCAAACAUGUUGGGAAUGCCCCCAGGAGAAUUGGUUGCCAAGAAACCACCUCUGCUUCCUUUAAAACAGGUAGUUUGCCAAGAGGCUGGCAAAAUGCCAACCACCAGGACAGCUACCAUUGUGGUCACAUGGCAGACGACCAUAGAGACCCAAGGGGGGUGACAUCAUCUACUCCAUGUAGCCCAGGGGUAACUCUGGAGAGGAGGCAGGGCAGACAGCACUCCCCAUCGAACCAUAGCCUCUACGUCUCUUCUCCUCGGAAAUACGAGUACAAACAGGAAGCUAGUAGUGCUCCCAGAAAGGGUGUUGGAUCUUUGUUUGAGACUUCAAGUCUAAGAAUGAAACAUGAUGACAUGAGUGGGAGGCUGAUGUCACCCAUUGAGGACAGCGGUAGGCUUUUCAAUGCCAAAUUGGAGCAGCUGGCUAGCAGGACAAAUUCCCUUGGGAGAACCCCACGCAACUUCCCAGCUCUGAAUAGAGGCAGUAGCAAUACCUCUGUGAGCUCUAAGGGGAGCUCCAAGGGAAGUACUGAAGGUGCUUGUAAGGGAGGUUAUAAAGGAAAUAACGAGGGACACUGUACCUUACCAAGGGCUAGCAGGAGCCCCAGGAAGAAUCCUCGGUCUGAUCAGAGUCAUCACUUCUUCCCUGAAAACCCUGUAACUCAAUCUGCCAAGCAUACCCAUCACAAGCUCUCUGCUGUUGGGAAACUUAAGAUGGCUACUCCCAAAGUCCGUCGACUGUCUGCCCCCAGCAUCAAGAAUCUCAAUCUCUCACACAGAAGCCUGCGGCAGUCCAUCAACCGCAGUGCCAGUCUUUCCCCAGACAGUAAAACUGUUAGCUUUGAGCGGACAUCCUCCUUUCUCUCCUCUUCCCCUCCACGGUCUUUUCACUCCAUCAGUCGGACUCCGAGCCAGAGCUCCACAAGCUCAUCCACAAAAUCUGCCAUCCAGGGGUUUGUCAAUGGCCGGAUUUCAGACUUCCUAAAGGAAAGGGCCUCCAGCCCAACUUCAGGGGUUGUAGACCAAAUGACCUCUCUUCCCUCGCCAUACAGUAGGGUGACUGCUCCCCGCAUACCGGAUCAUCAGAGUGGGCACGCAAGUGACACUACCAGCGUGUUGAGUGGUGAUUUACCACCUGCUAUGGGGAAGACGUCCCUGUAUUUCUCCAACAGGAACAGUAUGGUCAGCAGUGGAUAUGACAGCAUGGUGAGAGACAGUGAAGCCACAGGCAGCAGCACCUCAAACAGAGAUUCUGUCAGUGACAGGAGUGGCUCUCUCCUCAGUCUGGCACACAGCUGCCGAUCAUCUCGGAGAAAAGGCAGCACAGAAUUUGCAAAUCCAGUCAAUCCAGCAAGACUUCCUGAAAUCGUGUCUCCUGUCUUGACUUUGAUGAAUAAUAUGGUAGUCCUGGCAAGCUGCAUUUGCCCUCAGGCAAACUGUUCCAGAAGUGCACAUGGCCCUGGUACUCACCCGCGUCGUCCUUCCCAUGAUACAACCCUGUCCCUGAGACGCUCGACUAGUGGUCUGCGGUCUCGCUGGGUGGAUCGGGGAAUCCCAGAGGCCUACGAGAUCAAGGUCUAUGAGAUCGACAAUGUGCAGAGGAUGCAGAAAAGAGCAGGUGCUGGCAAACAGGGACCUGCAUCCUUCAGCGCCAAGCUGAAGUUUCUGGAGCAUCGUCAGCAGAGGAUCUCGGAGGUCCGAGCCAAAUACAACAACCUGAGGAGAGAGCUGGAGCAGGCCAAACACAACCUCAUGCUGGAGCCUGCCAAGUGGAACCAAGAGUUCGACCUGUGGCAGACAUUCGAGGUGGAUUCCCUGGAGCAUCUGGAGGCCCUUGAGAUGGUGACGGCUCGGCUGGAGAACAGAGUCAGUCGCUGCAAGGCUAACGUCAUGAUGGUCACCUGCUUUGAUGCCACCGCCAGGAGACGGCAUAAGAAGAGACGGCGACGGCACCAGAGCAGAGAGCCUUCAAGGAGAUUGGAAUUGAACAGUGAGAAUUGAGGCAUGUUUAGAUGAGGCAUCUCUUUUCCUGAGUCUUUUAUGUUUUAUCAGUUACACCUGACUACCUGUCCAACACUGAGCUAUUUCUCCCACACACUUUAACUUAACACACACUUGUGUUCUCAACUACUCUGUUACCUCUGAUACUUUUAAAUGAACUAAGUGCUACAGAUUGGAGUCUUGUACAAUUAUAUUUCUUUUUAUACCCUUACCUGUCUUCACAGGGAGGUCAAAGGUCAGAGAUAGAGCUACAUCUAUCUAUCUAUCGUACACCUGGCAGGAACUCUUAAAAAGGACUGAUUCUUGUACAAAACAAUUUGUAACCAGUCACUUUUUAGACUUUGUUGCACAUCAGACAGCUUAAAAAAUCUAUUUGUCCUCAAAAGUAGCAGUUUUUAUACAGUAUAAUCAAAGCUAUCAGUUCAACUCAACCUUUCCUCCCCUUGUAAAGAAUCUGCUAAGUAUUAAAAACAUCAAAAUCUUGCUUUAAAGUGAUAAAUCAUGAGACUUGUCUUGGUCCAGGGAUCUUGAUCUUGCUCUUGGUCCCUUUGGGUUUAAUACUAUGCAGACAAUACACUUAAUAUUAGAUACAACUACUAUAGAUGCUUAUGCAUGUCUGUGCAGGCUUAUGCUGGUCAUUAAAGGUGCUAUAUUUAAAUUUUUGCUAAAGGUGCAUAGCCAAUAUUAGUGUAAAGAACCAUUUAGUUACCAAGAGCUUCAGCCGUUGUUGAGUUAAUAAAACAAGAGCUUAGAAUACCACCUCUUGGAGGCACCACCUCGUUAUCCUCUCAUGUUGGACUGAGGCAGGACUGAACAUUACAGUGACUCAAUAUCGUAAAGUGGUAUUACAAGAUGGGACAGGGCUAGCUGGUUAGCAUGCUGACUUCAAAAGAAGGAAAGAAGUAAUAGACAUAGAAGGAAAACAAGAGUUAACGUGCGUUUCUUUCCACUGCUGGAGACAGCUCUUGGCAAGUAAAGGAAUGAAGUUUGAUGCUGAACUCCCUUUUCCUCUAGACUGGUAAGUAAACAGCUAUUAAUGCUAACACUGGCUACGUAAUGAUAGCAAAAACUUACAUAUAGAACCUUUAAGGCCCCAGAAUUAAGCACAUUUACAAAUUUUGUUCCAAUCUAAUUUUCCUCUGUUAAAGCAAUUUCUGGGAAAUUUGAUGCAUACAUGUACCUCAGUGUCCUCAUAACAUGCAUCUCAAGUAGACACUAUCGCUCACUGACAAAGGGAGUAAAAGCAGACAUUGUGCAUUUUUAAAAUUAGAGCACAGUUCACUGCAAACAUUUUACUGUGAUCAUUGUGUUCUUUUAAAUACAUAUGUUGAAAUUUCUACUGAUUUAAUGGUUAAAUUGGGUAACUGAAACCACAAUUUUAAUAAGCCAACAUACAAAAUUGUAUGUGCUGUUCAAACACUAAUUUCUGUUUUGUAGCAAAACUUAAACUGUGUCAGACUAAUGAAAUUUUUAGUCUGCCUUAAAAGUUGUUUUUGUCCUGAAGUUUGGUGUUCACAGUUAUUUUCCAAAUAACUGUUCAAAAGAGAAAGCCAUGCUAGCCUGACGCUAUUUUGUAUAUAGAUUUUGGUGCUGAAUACAAUAAUGAAAAUAAAACUGUAUUUCAAAUCUUUUGAAACUAAUGUAAAAAUUGCUUCUAAAAUUAAAAGGAUGCUGGGUUGAGGUGAGUAUUAGCAGGAAACAGCAGUUUCUCUUUAAGUUGUGGAAACAGUAACUGAGCUGUCUGAAAAUAUGAGCGAAGGACUGAAGGAUGAGGUUCAAGUUCCUUGAGGUAAUUGUCAACAGACACACCAUUGUGAAUUUUUUUCCCUGUCUUCAGAGGAUGGGUGGUCCGAUGAUCAAUAACUGGCUGCUAAAACACAUUACUAAAUGAUUGGGGGCAGAAUAAAAAAUGUAGUUUCUGCUCUCAGUCUAAUGGAAGAGUAAUUAAAUUAAAGGAAUAACGUCAUCGUGUCUAAAGAGCCACAUGGCUCUGAAGUCACUGAGCCAAUCAGAGAGGAUGCACUGAUGCAUAGUAAUCAAUAGACAAUGCUAGGUUGUUUUUUUGUUUUUUUUACCUAGAUUGAUGCAACAUACAGGGAAAAGACACAUACACUGGAUGUUUGUUUUGUGAAUCUAUUAAUCAGCAUGUAUUACGUCACUGUUAAUGGAUGACCACAGCUCUCACUUCUCUCCUGUGUCUGUACAUUGCAAACUGUGCGUCCUUCUGUUUUGCAAAAAUUAAAGUGGUUAUGAUUUUCCUGCUCAUGGUUCCAUCACAUGUUUGUCUGUAUGUAGUGAUCAGAGGGUGCAUUCAGAUUUUAUGUAAGCAUGUUUGUGUGAACUUGAGUGUGAGUGUGCAAAGAGAGAGAGUGAAAAUUCUCCUG